AUGCGUCCCUGGCUCGUGCCUGGAGGGCGCUUCCCAGUGUCUCCCACCCAGCGAGUCCAGCCAGGCGGUGGCAGCUGGGGCCACAGUGAAAUGAGCAAUGUCACCAGGUCCCAGAAUGGAAUGCCGCCCACGGGGGCGAACUGCUGGGCACAGAGGGGAGCAGGCCGCGCCCUCAGAGCCCCCCAGAGCCCCAGCCCCCCGAGCGGCCGAGGAGGCCGGGGCGGGCCCAGGGCGCACGCAGUCCGGAGCUCGAGCAGCGAGGCCGCGGGAGGAGGCUCUGGGAACCUAGUAGUCCUCGAGAGGGACGAAGUCCCGGGUCAGUCUCCAUACGAGCGGUUGAGUCAGAGGAUGCUGGACGUUUCUGGGGACCGGGGUGUGCUGAAGGAUAUCAUCCGAGAGGGUGCUGGAGAUCUGGUGGCACCCGACGCCUUGGUGCUGGUGAAAUUUUCUGGUUACCUGGAACACAUGGACAAACCUUUUGAUUCAAAUUGCUAUAGAAAAACUCCUCGACUGAUGAAGCUUGGAGAGGAUAUUACACUCUGGGGCAUGGAGCUGGGUCUUCUGAGCAUGCGGAGAGGAGAGCUGGCCAGGUUCCUGUUCAAGCCGACAUAUGCCUAUGGCACACUGGGGUGUCCGCCUCUUAUCCCCCCCAACAGCACCGUUCUAUUUGAGAUUGAGCUUCUUGACUUCCUGGACUCUGCUGAGUCAGACAAGUUUUAUGCCUUAUCCGCUGAGGAACAAGACCAGUUUCCACUUCAGAAGGUCCUCAAGGUGGCAGCAACUGUAAGGGAGUUUGGAAAUUACCUUUUCCGCCAAAACCGCUUCUAUGAUGCCAAAGUGAGGUAUAAACGGGCAUUUCUUGUGGUGUGGAAUAGUUUCCUCUCAUGCUGUUACAAAGACUACAUGGACAAGGAGAAAGAAAUGUGCCACCGGAUGUUUGCUGCUUGUGAAGAUGGCUCCAUGGUGGGAGGAGACUGA